AAAGAGCAGGUAAAGCCAACACGGUUUGAUUUUGUUAGCUGAACUAGAAGUACAUUUACAUAGAAAGAAUGUCCGGCACCACGAACAGCAACGCGACUCCUUUACUCGCUCCAGAAGACAGGCAGAGCAGCAACGUAUCAAAAGAACAAGGAACUUCCCUAAACACCGGACCCGACACAACGCGGCGAUGGCUUCUGACCUUAAAUUUCGUGACGGUUCUAGCGUUCUCACCAGGCCUCUAUCGCGAGCUCGUGGACGCCAAAACGCGCGGAAUCGUGUGGGAAGCGGAUUGCAACUGUCCACAUGGCGCGCCUCCCAUUGUCGGACAUUUGGACUUGACCUGGUUGCCGGAUGUGGUGGGAGAUAAAUUGAUAUCGUCGCUACUGUUUGGUCCAAGAAAAGUAGAUGAAGGCCAAGAUUCGUUGACUAGACAAGGCGCUCGGAACGCUACUUCCUCCUCGACCCCGACCGAAGAGCAGUCUGUAAAAUCGUUAUUCGAUUCCGCCACAAACCCGUUCCUUAUUUUCUGGUUGCACAUUCUUUUGAUGGUGCCGUGGUGUGCAGCAGUUACGAUAACGAUUUGUACUGGUGGUCUGCCACGGUUCCGUCGGAUUCAUCGUGCCAGUGCCCUUUUCGCGUGGACCGUGAUGACAAUCGGGGUCUUUGUCAUAGUCAUCAAGGGCGGUUUCUGGGGGUACACGUUUUUCAUAUCCGUGCUUGGAUCGGGACAGUUGUUAAGGCUCCGAAUAAUGUGUUUCCACCGCCGUCUUCCGUCACAGAAUAGAAAGGUGAAAGAGCUCUUCGAAUUCGAAAUCAGUGUAUUGAUUCCUUCAUCAUCAAUGUGGAUUACUCACUCCUUCGCUGCACAACACCAAUAGCAUUCUGAUCCCGCUCUAAACCCAUUUUUUGGAAUUCUCUGUGCGCGACAGAUGAGGUUAGAGCGACAGGCCCAAGAGGGAGACACAGGUGUAAUCCCCAGAACUUCAACAUACCAUGUCCAAAGAAGAACUGCACUCCUGCGACUUCAUCGAGGUCUCAUCUUUUGUGGCACGCUGUUCAUAUGCGAUCCUGGAAUCCACAGAGUACUCAUGUGGCUCCGGCAUGCUAGCACGUUCUUACUGGUGUGGUGCGGUCUGGAUGGGCCAGUACGGGAGUUUCUGUUGGACGAGACAGUGGUCGCGAUGCCGCCACCAAAUCCAGAACGCCAAGAUUCCGAUUCCGUAAACGAAUCGUUUUACCUUGGCCUCGACAAGAGGCAGCAUUUUUUCGGCGAUUGGUCCGAGACGGAAAAACAAGCACGCUUUUGGGCCAUGCAACAAAGCGGCAUCUAUUUCAUUGGCGUUCUUGGCCAGGCUUGGGUCAAUUUGAUCGAAGUGGUCGUGUUGUCGUAUACGCUGAGAGGACUCGUGGAAGAGAUCGGCUCUUCUAGUAGUGGCCAACCGGAAGAAGAUCCAUCGCAUGUACACCAGCAGCACUCGAUGUUGGAUGCUCCACCUUCAUCAAGCUCGUCCAUGUCCAGCACCUCUACCAGAACGAAAGCGACUUACUGGAUCGAUACCGCGACUCUGGCCGUUCUUCUUUGCGAUCUUGCAUUUUGCAGUGUCUUCCUUGUCGGCAACGUGUAUCUGCAAUGUUUUCUGGUACUGGAUGUAAUCCUAGCCCCGAUCGAACGCGUGACGGCAGCCCUAGCAGUAGUUUUGUUCCUAGGUUUUCUCAUUUUGCACAGAAUGUCGCCGAUGAAUAGAGAGAUGGUUAGGGUUUUGCGUGGUUGAAAGCAAAGCGAAGUUGUGGAAGAACUGAUGAAAUGUGACUCAUGGUAAAAAAUGAACCACCGUUCUGUAGCACACAUGCAAAUCAUGCAAUUACAUCUGAUCAUAUGCAGCACCAGCACUUGUACACUCAACAUGAAUUUGUUGAAAGAAAAACUACUUAUUACGUAACGAGCGUUGGACCAUGAGCAUUCCAUUGCCACUUCAUCGUGAAGAACGUAAUCAUAAGUACGUUGAGUAUCUGUAGCUUCGUCAGACGAG